AUGUUGUCUGCCGACUCAAAACUCCGUUUCACCCUCUUCCGGGGCUUUCCCGGCACGGGUCACUACACCUGGUCUCCCUUUGUAACCAAACUCGAGGCACGCAUGCGUUUCGCAGGCAUCUCCUACCGCACCGAAUCUGGAUCACCGAGAACUGCGCCGCGAGGCAAAAUUCCAUACCUAACUAUCGAGUCGGAUGACAAUCAACCGCCCCAGACGGUCUCCGACUCCGCAUUGAUCAUCAAGGGUUUCGUGGAAAAUGGCAUAGUGGAAGACCUCAACGCCCAACUCAGUCCGGCAGAAAAGGCACAAGAUCUCGCCUUGCGCGCACUUCUAGAAGACCGGCUCUAUUUUCUCCAGGCCUAUGAAAAAUGGGUUCAGAACUUCUAUGCACAGCGCGACCAUCUCUUUGCCGCGAUGCCGUACCCCAUGCGAGUCAUUAUUGGGUAUCUAGUGUACCGGAAGAUGACACAGACACUUUACGGCCAAGGGACUAUGCGGUUUUCGCCUGAAGAGAUCAGCUCAUUCCGAGAUGAGAUCUGGGCUAAUCUCAAUGGACUUCUCACUACCGCGAAGCUCCAAAGGUCAGGCAAGGAUGACAAGGAAAAGCCAUUCUGGGUCUUAGGGGGAGAUAAUCCAACGGACGCCGACUCUGUGCUCUUUGGCUUUAUUGUCGGAGCGUUGAUCUGUUGCUCGUAA